GGGCAUUUCAGUCAUUAAAAAAAAGGCUACCACAAAAUCUCGGUCCCUUCUGCUCUCCUCGAUCGAUCGACGAACGCUCCAACAGCCGAGGCAUCAUCGAUCUUGAUGAUUGACAAAAGGAGGAAAGUUUGAUGUUUGCUCUUUGAUCCAAAAUCUCUGAAACCCUAGCUUUUUUAACCCCAUCCGUGCAAAUUCCGAUGAUUUUUCGCGGGGCUAGGGCAGAUCUCGCGGCCUGAUCUCGAGAUCGGAGCGGAAAUGGCGGCUCCCAACAUGGAGCUCUUCGACCAGUUCUUCAAUCGAGCGGAUUUGGAUCGAGACGGCAAGAUCAGUGGAGCUGAGGCUGUUGCCUUCUUCCAAGGAUCCAAUUUGCCCAAACCAGUGCUCGCUCAGAUAUGGAUGCAUGCUGAUCAGAAUAGGACUGGUUUCCUUGGGCGGAUUGAGUUCAAUAAUGCAUUGAGACUUGUAACUGUCGCACAAAGUGGUCGGGAAUUAACUCCAGAUAUUGUUAGAGCAGCACUAUUUGGUCCAGCUGCAUCAAAGAUUCCGCCACCUAAGAUAAAUCCAGUGCCAGGUCAGAUGGGUUCUGUGGCCACUCCAAGACCCCAAUUAGCUUCUGUAGCUCCUCCUUCCAAUCAAAUAGGUUUUGCGCCUCCAACAUCUCAGAAUCUCGGAAUUAGAGGACAACAAGUUUCUCCAAAUAUGGCUGUGAAUCAACAAAUCCCCCCAUCCUUUAACAACAAUUUCAUGAGACCGCCUCAAGCCACAACUGCUGCAGCUCCGCUGCCAACGCAGGGAUUCGGUCAAGGGCCAACUACAGGAGGAUCUAUGGGAGGUCCUCGUGUCCCUGGCGCGAAUACACCAAACCUAUCAACUGAUUGGCUUGAACAAUACAGGGAUUAG